GGUGAUUAGUUUUCUCCACGUUGAGGAAUAAUGAAUGGGGCGUGAGAUGGAGCGCGCGAAAUGGGAGCGGUGGGGCCUUGUGUCUGAAAAUCUGGUCACCUCCUGCAUUCGACAAGUGUCUACGACUGACGUGGACAUGAAGCUUAAAUCUCACGAGGACUUCUUUUGCAAAAGUAUUCGACCUCAAUGACGUUAGCUAUUUCCGUAAUUUACUCAACAACAAUGACGUUAGCAAAUGAAAAGAGAAGGCAAAAGGGUCAAAUAGGCCCCUGAACGUAUUUGAAUUGCGCAAUUCGCACCCCGAACCCAAAUAACCUCCGAUCAGGCCCACCAUCCCCCUUUUUUUGUUCAAAUCCUACAUCUACCCGGUUACCUCCCGUUUUCUCCCCUUAAAUGCCCAGUCAGCAAGUUUUGCUCCAAAUCUAAUGCUGACUCAUUAAUUCGUCCCAGUCCAAGUUGUCUACGUGUAAUAAUAAAACCUAUUUACCGUUUAGGAAUCGAACCCUAAUUUGAAAGUUGGAACUGUCAUACGAGUAGUCGUCAUACCAGAGCGCGCAGAGGAGAAGAUAGAGGAAGAAGACUUGGAGGUUGAAGGCGAAGCCCUGAAUCGAAGGCUCUAAGAAUGUGGGAAACAUUGGACAUCAUUUUAUACUAUGGUGGAAACCUAGAGUCAUGCUCUCCUAUGGAGUAUACCAAUGGCCACAUAGAGGUUAUCAAAAGUGACCCUGAUGUUGUCAGUUAUCCUCAUUUAAAAAAGUUCAUAGAAUCAGGACCAUUUGGGGGAUUUGGCAAGCUUAUGUAUAAACUGCCUUGUGAACCCUUAGAGUCUUUAAGGGAGUUGUGUGAUGAUGCUACCACAUUGGACAUGGUGAGGUUGUCCUCUGCUGGAGUUUGUGAAUUGUAUUUGCUUAAACCUUCCAACUGUGUUGAUCACCAAGGAAGUUCAGUUGACCGGAUUGGUGAUUGUGAUGGAGGCCUGCAUGAAGUGGAAAGGCAAACAUGUGUUGAUGCAGUUGUAAGGAUCAAAAGGACCAAGAAGUUGAAAGCAAGAAGAAAGAAAGAUUCAGGCAAUCAACCUGAGAGGGCUGCAACUGACACUGGUGUUAGUGCUAUGGAUCAAAAUGACAAUGUUGGAACUGAGAUGGCUGACACUCUUGAGCUUUGUGAUGUUGAAAUUCAGACACUUGAUGAUGAUGAAGAUUUGGAGAGCCAAGAAGACCCUCCUCUCAGUAAUGAAGAUGGUUCUGAUAAUGACAAUGGUUCUGAUACUGAGGAGGUUUUGGGGACAAGACCACAGAAGAAUAAGGAGUCUGUGCAUGAGGAAGAGGAUGAGGACUAUGAAGAUAGCAUGAUGUUGUACCCUUCUGAUAACCCACCAAGCUAUGUUUCAGAUGCCUCAGGUAUGAAUGAAGAUGAAGUGGAGUCCAAGCUUAAAGACCAUCAUCCUUCAUACAACCCACAGAGUGAACCUCCUGAUAUUGAGCCUGGGAUGCUAUUUGAGGACAACAUUCAAUUUAAGAGUGCCCUAAUUAAAUAUGCUGUGCACCACAAGAAGAAUAUAUUCUUUAAGAGGAACGAACCAAUGAGAGUCCGGGCACAAUGCAUUCAGGAAAACUGCCCUUUUUCCUGUUAUGCAAGCUGGGAAGAAAGGUUCAAAUGCUUCCAAGUUAAAAGCAUGCAGACCAAACACUUAUGUAACCCAAAGUUCAAGUUGAGAGUUGUGUCUGAAAAAUGGAUAGAAGAGAAAUAUGAGGAUAAGGUUAGAGAUGACCCCUGUAUUGGGUAUGUGGCCUUAAAGGAGCACAUAGAGGCUGAACUGGGCAUUCAUGUUUCAUUUAGCAUGGUGAGGAGGGCUGUACGAGGCAUUAAGAAGAGAAUAAAUGCCAGCUUUGCAGAACAGUUUAACAGGCUUAGAGAUUACGCUCAAGAGUUGCUGGAUUCUAUUCCCAACAGUACCAUCAAGAUCAUGACUUCCACAGUAGUUGAUGAUGGCCCAUGCUUCUUCCAGAGAUUUUAUUGCUGCUUUGGUCCAAUGAAAAAGGGUUUCUUAGAAGGCUGCAGAAAGAUAAUUGGGUUAGAUGGAUGUUUCUUAAAAGGCUUAUUGAAGGGAGAAAUACUCACAGCAGUUGGAAGGGAUGCAAACAACAACAUGUACCCUAUUGCAUGGGCAAUUGUUGAGAUUGAAAAUACCUCAUCCUGGUCAUGGUUUAUAGAGCUGUUGAAGGAAGAUCUUCAAAUUGUGGAUACCUCUCCCUGGACUGUCAUAAGCGAUCAACAAAAGGGGCUACUCAAUGUCAUCCAAACCUUACUUCCUCAAUCUGAGCAUCGCAAUUGUGCAAGGCACAUCCAUGCUAAUUGGAGCAAGACACACCGGGGGAAAUAUAUGAAGCAACUGUUUUGGAUGUGUGCUAGGUCUACCUGUCAAGCACAACUGGAUGAGUGGCUACAAGCUCUACACAAAAAGGACCCUAGAGCUAAAUCAGAUUUGGAAAAAUAUCCACUCAAAAACUUCUGCAAGGCAUUUAUAAGGACGAGUGUGAAAUGUGACUCUGUAGACAAUAACAUGUCAGAGGCCUUUAACCGGACACUUGUUGGUUGUAGGAGCAAACCAAUCAUACCCAUGCUAGAGGAUAUGAGGAUUCAAAUGAUGCAGAGAGUUGCAAAAAAAAGGGAGCUGGCAGUUAGAUGGAAAGGAAGGGUGUGUCCUAAUGUGAAGAAGAUUUUGAAUGCCAACAUCAUGAAAAGUUCAAAAUGGCGUGUAAUUUUCAAUGGAGAUGAUGGGUUUGAAGUUAAGAAAGGAAAGUACCAGUACAAGGUUAAGGUGGAGGGAGGCACCUGUUCUUGCAGAUCUUGGGAGUUGACUGGAAUUCCAUGUCAACAUGCUAUUUGUGCUAUGUUUGACAUGGGAAAAGAUCCUGAAGACUAUGUUGAUGACUGUUACUCUGUAGCUUCCUUCAAGCGCACUUAUUCAUACUCUUUGGACCCAAUCAAUGGAGAGAUGGCUUGGCCUAAGGUGGGUGGAGAGAAAAUAAACCCCCCUGCACCUAAAAAAAUGACUGGCAGGCCUAAGAAAAAGAGGACCCGCGAGGAAAGUGAGCCUCCAGCAGGCAAGAUUUCAAGAAAGGGCAGGAUCAUGACAUGUUCCACUUGUAAUCAAAAGGGGCACCAGAGGCACAAGUGUCCUACUACUGCUGCAGCACCAACUCAGGCAUCAUCAAGGGGUGGAAGAAGUGGGACAACUGCAAG